CACUUGCAACGGCAGAUGCAGUGCAGAACCAAUAUACCGAGUCAUAUCUGUUUCCCUCCGGAGCACUUUUUUUCUUACGGACCUGCCGGGCGGAGGGGUUGCCGUGGAGACGGAAGAGCGGUGCUGAUGCGGAGAGGACCUCACGCCCAGCCGGUGCUGUCCACCUGCCUCAAGGGGCCCCGGGACCGACGCCAAGAUGAUGCUCUCAAGGGCCAAACCCGCCGUGGGCGGGGACCUGAUGCAGGCAGACAAAAGAAAAAAGAAGAGCGGGAAGAUCCCAAAGCUGGAAGAGCUGCUCUCGCAAAGAGAUUUCACUGGAGCUAUCACCCUGCUGGAGUUCAAACGUCAUGUUGGAGAGCAAGAACAGGACACCAAUCUCUGGAUUGGUUAUUGUGCUUUUCAUCUUGGUGACUAUAAGAGAGCUUUGGAGGAAUACGAAAAUGCAUCUAAAGAGGAAAAUUGCAAUCCUGAAGUCUGGGUGAACCUAGCCUGUACCUACUUUUUUCUUGGGAUGUAUAAGCAAGCUGAGGUAGCUGGAUUUAAAGCUCCAAAAAGUCGACUUCAAAACCGCCUCCUCUUCCACUUAGCUCAUAAGUUUAACGAUGAGAAGAAAUUGAUGAAUUUUCAUCAGAACCUCCAGGAUAUCACAGAAGAUCAGCUGAGCUUGGCUUCCAUCCACUACAUGCGGUCUCACUACCAAGAAGCAAUCGAUAUCUACAAGCGGAUCCUACUAGAUAACAGGGAAUACCUUGCCCUCAACGUUUACGUGGCCCUGUGCUACUACAAGCUGGAUUACUAUGACGUGUCCCAAGAAGUUCUGGCUGUUUACCUGCAGCAAAUCCCUGAUAGCACCAUCGCACUCAAUCUUAAGGCCUGUAAUCAUUUCCGCCUUUACAACGGCAAGGAAGCUGAGGCAGAACUCAAAAGUCUGAUGGACAAUGCUUCCUCUUCCUUUGAGUUUGCAAAAGAACUCAUCAGACACAAUCUGGUCGUUUUCCGAGGUGGUAAGGGGGCUCUGCAGGUCUUGCCACCCCUGGUUGACGUCAUCCCUGAAGCCAGGCUAAACUUAGUGAUUUAUUAUCUGCGGCAAGAUGAUGUACAAGAAGCUUAUAACUUAAUUAAGGAUCUGGAACCUACUACUCCUCAGGAGUAUAUCCUCAAAGGAGUGGUCAAUGCAGCUCUUGGCCAGGAGAUGGGUUCGAGGGAUCAUAUGAAAAUCGCCCAGCAGUUCUUCCAGUUGGUAGGAGGCUCAGCGAGUGAAUGUGAUACAAUUCCAGGGAGGCAGUGCAUGGCUUCCUGUUUCUUCCUGCUUAAGCAGUUUGAUGAUGUCUUGAUUUACCUCAACUCAUUUAAGAGUUACUUCUGUAAUGAUGACAUCUUUAACUUCAAUUAUGCCCAAGCCAAAGCUGCCACAGGCAAUACCAGGGAGGGUGAGGAGGUUUUCCUUCUAAUCCAAAGUGAGAAGAUGAAAAAUGAUUACGUCUACCUCAGCUGGUUAGCUCGGUGCUAUAUCAUGAAUAAGAAGCCACGACUAGCCUGGGAACUUUAUCUUAAGAUGGAAACUUCCGGCGAAUCCUUUAGCCUCUUGCAGCUUAUUGCUAACGACUGCUACAAGAUGGGCCAGUUUUACUUUUCAGCCAAAGCAUUUGAUGUCCUAGAGAGACUGGAUCCCAACCCCGAAUAUUGGGAAGGCAAGAGGGGUGCCUGCGUCGGCAUCUUCCAAAUGAUCUUAGCCGGGAGAGAACCCAAAGAGUCACUCCGAGAAGUACUCCAUUUACUGAGAAGCACAGGUAACACGCAAGUAGAGUACAUCAUCCGGAUCAUGAAGAAAUGGGCCAAGGAGAACAGAGUGCCUAUCUAAAGCAGCCCGAGUUCCCAGGAAGCCCUCGCCCUGUGACAGAGGUUGGGAAUCACUUCUCCCACCUGGUGUGCUGGAAGAUGCACGACUGUUUCACUGAUAUUUUUCUUCCUCGCUCUUCAAGCCUCAAAGGCUUGCUCUCCAUGCUCGGCACAGUGCAUGCCGUGGCCCCUGUGUGAUCAACUAGCAAUAAGACUUUGGACUUGUCUGGUGCCUUCCUUCCAGAAAUAUCCCGAGUAUUUUCCUGUCAUUUAUCAGCUUUAAAAACAGCAUAGUUUUUUUUCUAAGUAUUGGCGUUCCUUGGAUUUUUCUUGUCACGGCAAUAACAAAUGCCUUUCAUGCUCAAGAAUCACUACCAUUCUAUCUAAUCUUAUUGCAAGCCAUCUCUGUCCACUGUCCCAUCUCACUGGGGGAUUCCAUAAAAGGCUUUUAUCAUGCAUAUCUCACCUUGGGGAAAGCAGAGCUUAUAAAGAUUCUAAGAAUAGGCUGACUCUUUCAGUAACUGAAUUCUUGAUGCUAGCAACAUGUUACUUUGGAGUCAUGUGAAUAUUGCCCUCUUCAAACAUUUCUCAAACUGUGAAAACCAUCCAGGUGGCUCAUCUAGUAAGGUGUCUAGGAAGCAAAGUAUACGAACCCUCUGGAUUCACAUCUCCAUCAGAAUUUCAGCAAAAAGGCAGGUAACGUGUUUUGUUUUUGUUUUCCUUUGACUGGCUUGUUAAUCUUCUGAAAGUAGUGCCACAAAGAUUAUACAUACCUCCAUGCAUGGAGAUCAUUUUUAAGGCAAUGAUGUGAGAGUGGGGGUUGGAUAGGCCCUUUGAGGGAACUCCUCAUGGCUAGAUGCUCUGUGCCAGGUCAUAUCCUCACCCCACAUAUUUGAACUCUUAAAACAUACAUUUGUUACACAGCUGAGCAUUCUGAGGCCCCACAACCUAGUUUCAAAAAACACUUAUAUUUUUUUAUGUACUGAACUUUUGUUUCUGCACCAGCUACUUUUUCCUGGGGUCUCAGGUCCCCAGUGGCAUGGGUGUAGAAAGCAGAGAGCCAGCCUGAUCCAGCUUGCAAACUGAAAGUCCUGACUCCUUAAAGGACUGAAGGCAGAGACCUCCUGUAAGCACUGCGUCAGUUGUUCCACUAGGAGGGGCAGAGAAGACUGGUGACCACACAUGGCCUUUGUCCUUUGGACAGUUGCAAGAGGCUUUUACCACCAAUUCAGGAAGACGAAGACAGUCACUUUCCCCUUCUUAACACAGAUCUAAUCAGUUCAGAGCACAAAUCAAAACUAACCAACCCAAAUAACUGAUUUCGGGGGGUGGAGGGAAUCACAUUCUCUUUCAUAGACCGCAGCUUCUCUCUUUCUUCAUCAUUAUUAGUCCAGUUUUUUUUUUUUUUAACAAAUAGUCCUCGGCAGCUAAGGUACUAGAUGGGUGACGCCUGAGUAGAGCUUUCUCUCUCUCACCUUUAGAAUCCUCAUGAUGCUGACUUACCUCACUUAAAAUAUCAGGAAACCUGCCGUGGGAAACAAGCAGGUAGAAGUCUAAAGUCAUUUUGGCAAGGAUUAUUUCUCUUCCAUUUCCCACUAUUGUUUUCACCUGCCCUCUGCUAAAAAAAAAAAAAAAAAAAAAAAGCUUUGUCAUUGACGGCAGUUUACUUUUAAAUAAACUUUUGGUGAAUUUAACAUUCUGCCUUCUUCCUACUAGUAAGCUACCUAUUGAGUGAAAGAAUAAGGUAUUCCCCAAAUUGCCAGAAUUUUCUUUUUUUACUAGUUUUUAAAUCAAUAGAAUUGAAACAAAAAGCACAAAGACCAGCUUAGUUGGCACCCUCCAAUUCUGGUCUUAAAGCUAACUGCUUCCAAAAUGUCUCUGGAAGGCUCCUGUGACUGCAGAAAAGCAUCACCUGGCUUGUUUCCUCACAGGAAGUGAUGGGGGGGGGGGUUCCAGCACAGGAGUGUAGUAUAAUAUGUACGGUUCACAGCAUCCAUACACUAUUUAUAGCCUGGAGCAAAGAUUACUUGCACAUGGGAAAAGAAUUUUGCAAUUAUUUUUGUACUUUGAAUCAAUUAUUAAAUUCUCCUGUAAUGUGUUCAAAUUAAAGUUUAUGAUUCGGUC